AGUGCGAUUUUUGACGUUUACAGACAGGGUAUAAAAAAAAUAUUUUUUCUACGUCCGUUAUAAUAUUCACGUGUUUUUUAUUCAUUUGCAUUCAUAAAGAAUGUAAUUUGUCAAUCUCAUGCAUAAAGUUGCUUUAAUAUUCGGAAUCGUAGGAGCUCUACGGAGGAAGGAAUUAUAUAAAAUGAAGUGUAACGAUAUUAAUAAUACCGGAAAUGUUUUAAUUAUGACAGUAUCUGAUACAAAACCACAUGUUUAAUGUCGAUUUGGAGCAAACCACCCACAAAUGUCAAAAUAGAUCAAGCUGUAGGUAUCAAUACAUUUUCAAAAAUUCCUUCGCUCAUUGCAACAUUUGUAUUUACUUAAUCCAAAAAACUACACUGGGUAUACAUUUCGACGCUCUUCGGCGUCUCUAUUAGUGGAUUCUGAUGGUGAAAUAAUCCAACUAAAGAAGCACGGUGUGUGGAAAUCCAACACAGUUGCAGAGAGCUACAUAGACGACUAAAUAAAAAACAAAAUGGAUUCCGCAGUGAAAAUUUUAACAGGAACAACUAGUUCAACUUCAAGCAACUUUGAAAAUGUAGAUCCUACGAUCCUACAAACAAUCCAAUAAGUACUAAUACGACUAUAGACGAUGUUAUUUUUUCAACAUCAAAUUAAUAAUGCUCACAUACUUUUAAUAUUACUAUUACAAAAUGAACGUUUUGCCGAAUUUUUUUAUGUCUACGAACGUAGAAACAAUUUUGUAUGACGCUUGAGCCGUCAAACCGUCCUAAUGGUGAAAAAAAGUAUCAAUUUACUUGUUGUAUAAAUAACUCUUAAGUAACUAACUAAAUUCAUAGUCGCGUUAACGUAACUGCCUUAGUAAUUCACUUACAAAAUAACGUAUUAUAUAACCAUCACUGUUUAGGUACUUUUUGUGACCUUAAGAUUGAGAUGGAAAUUCUGCUUUUUCAGCCCCUCUAUCUUUUGUGUCUAAGUCUAAUUGUCUAGCUGGUUUUUCGGAAUGUUCGAUAUCUGGUGGUGAGCCUUUGGUAAUUACUUUAUUAUCCCUUUCUAGAGAUUCGGUCCUUUUCUUGAAAAUGCCAAAAAUACCUCUUCUUCCAGUGUCAUUACUUCGAUCCUUGAAUUUUUUUUGUUUUUAUUUGUUCUUCAUUAUCGACAACUUGUGACGUGGUUUUUCCAAUAAUUUGUUUGGCAUCAUUGUAAUUUUCUACUUCUGUUUCUAGGAAACUGACAUGUUCUUCACAGUAUCUUCUGACAGUACAAUUUUUGGUUUUUUGAUACCAAAUAUAGGACUCCUUUUCUCUGGUCUUCUAUCUUUCUGAAGAUGUAUGAUUUCUGCUUCUUUAUCUUUUGGACUUCCUUUAACAUCUCGUUCCAAUGAUCCUGACGUUUUCUUAGAAAUACCAAACCGUCCGCUUUUUUCUUAUUGAUUUUCUGUAUCUUUAGGUAUUUGAACAAUUUUUUCAAUUUCUAUUGUUUCUCUCUCCUUAUCAACUAUCUUCAUAUCUUCAAAUUCUCCAGGAAGAGCUUUAAGGUCCCUUUCGGUAGAUCCUUCCCUUUUCUUGAAAACUCCAAACAUACCCCCUUAUUGUCCACCAGGAUACAGUGUUUCCUUCUCUUUCCUUUCCGGUACAAGGAUCUCUCUGGGGUUUCAGAUCAUAGUUUUAUCACCCGUCACAAUUGCGCUGAGAAUUCGAAAUACCCACCUUGUACUAAUUUUCUCAGAGCACUUGUUUUGGAAUAUCCGUCUCUGCUGCAAUUUCUUUUGCUCUCAACAGCCGAUCAAUUAAAACAAUUUCUUCUACUAAUUUAAUAUUUUCUGGAGUGUUCACCGUAAGAGGACCUCCAGAAGGUGGGUUAUCUUUCGAGUAAAUCAUUAAUGUACAGGAAACAGACUUCCGACUACGGCGCUGAUCUGUUUCCAAGCAGUAAGCUUUCGGAACCUGUUAUAAAAUUUUUCCUAACAAUUAUCGAGAUCGUUGGGUUAUUACUAAUGAAAAUUUGGUCCGAGCGUAUUCAACACUUUUUUAUAUUAAAAUAUGUUUCACCAAUUUUUCUGAACAGCUUCAUAUUUGUUUUUGAAUUUUAUGAGUACGGAGAGGCUAAUGUACCUUGGACAUAGUGUACCUUGAAAUGAUUUAUAUUUAAAACCAGUGUCACCAUCUAUCAAUCCAUAAAUGAUCCUUAUCUAAUAUAUCUAAUAUCUAAUCACUUUUCUUAGCUGUAGUGCAUCGGCUGCGGUUUGUAGCAGUAAUACGAAAAAAUUGUUUUCAAGUCAUAAAAGUAAAUAUUUUUAAAAUAUUCAAGUGAGAUUUUUUGCUAAAGGAAAAUUAUUGUGGAUAAGUGGUGUUUUAGUUACAUCUUGCGACUAUUGGAUACAAUGUCAGAUUCGGAGAUAACUGCACCUCCACCUCCUAGUUUGAAAAAUACCAUUGAAGGUGAUUGGAAAUGUGAAGAUUGUGGAAACCUAAAUUUUGCCCGUAGAAGUAAUUGUAACAGAUGCGGUAAAAGCAAAUCUCUCAGCUUGGCGGCAACAAAAAAACGUAAACUAGGCACUGAAAUAGGUAAGGCAGCUGCAGAAAAGAGUAGAGGACUUUUUAGUGCUGAUGAUUGGCAAUGUAACAAAUGUGGAAAUGUUAAUUGGGCUAGAAGACAAUCUUGUAAUGUUUGCAAUGCUCCCAAAUUCGGAGAUGUUGAAGAGAGAACGGGAUUUGGGGGUGGAUAUAAUGAUAGAGGUGUAGUUGAGUACAAAGAGAGAGACGAUUCUGAUGAUGAAUACGAUGAGUUUGGAAGGAAAAAGAAAAGACGUAACCUCUCUGAAACUGAAGAUAGAAACGAAAUAAGAAAAGAAAAACUCGUAGAAAAUGAGGAAGAAGAAGAAGAUGACGAGGAGGAGGAUGAUGAUGGUGAUUUGUCAAAAUAUGAUCUUUCUGAUUGGGGGGACGUAAGUGAUUCCAAAAAUAGUAAAUCUAGGUCACGCUCGCGUUCCCCAAUUAGCAAAAAGUAAUUUUUUAGCAUUCACAGGAAUAUUUUUAUAUAAUUGUGUGAUGGUCAAUUCAAUUUGUGGUAUGUUUUAUUUUUAAUAUUAUUAUGUUGAAAAGUUGUAUUUCCAUUCAUCAUAAUUUUAAUUAGUUGUUCAAACCUUUCUGGGCCAACGGCUUAGAAGUGAUUUUCAAAAUUUUUGUUGCUUAAGAAUUAUUCAUCAUAU